AUGUUGUCGGCCGCCGGGGUACGCCCACUUGACGAAAAGGUGGCUGCAAUCCGGGACGCGCCAUUACCUCGCUCAAAAAGGGCUGUGCAAAGGUGGCUGGGUACCCUGAACUUCUACAGGAGGUUCCUCCCCAACAUUGCCCAACACCUUGGCCCCCUCAUCAAGGCAACCACCGGCCCAAAGAAGGACUAUGAGUUUGAGCCCUCUGAGGCCUUCGUCAACGCCUUCAAUCUCGCCAGGGAUGCCCUUGCCUUGGCCGUCAUGCUCCACCACCCGGUCUCAGGUGCCGAGACCGCAGUCUCGGUUGACGCCUCUGCGGACGCCAUGGGAGCUGAGCUGGCUCAGAGGGGAACAGACAGACAGUGGCGUCCCCUUGUAUUCUUCUCCAAAGGGUUGACUGCCGCGGAACAAAAAUAUUUGGCAUUUGAUCGGGAGCUCUUGGCCGUUUUCUCCUCGAUCAAACACUUUCGCCAUUACAUCGAAGGCCGCCCUUUCACGGUCUAUACAGAUCAUCGGCCGCUCUGUACAGCCCUCACCAGUGGCGCCGAGCGCUCCCCGCGCCAAACCCGCCACCUUGAGUUCAUCGCCGAGUUUACCUCUGACAUCCGUCAUGUCUCUGGCGUUGACAACGUUGUGGCGGACAGCCUCUCCCGCCCAUAUCCGGAUUGUGGCGCAGUCUCCGCGGUUCUGGCGCCUGAGGUCGACUACGCCGCUCUCUCUGCCGCCCAGCCGCAAUUGGCCGACGCCAGGGAGGCUUUUCCCAGCCUCUCCCUUGAUAUGUUGGAGAUAGGUGGCGCUCGCGUCCUCUGUGAUUUCUCUGGGCCACGCCCACGCCCACUUGUGCAUGAGGAGUUCCGGUUCUUGGCAUUCUCCGUUGUCCACUCCCUCAGCCACUGUGGCCCCAAACCGUGCGCCCGCGAAGUGGCGCUCAGGUGGGCCGACGCUAUCCCGCUCGCCAACGUCACUGCCGCCGCCUGCGCCCGCGCCCUUGUCCGGGGAUGGAUUUCCCGCUUCGGUGUUCCCGACGACGUCACAUCCGAUCGUGGCGCUCAGUUCAUGAGCCAGCUCUGGGCUGAGCUGGGCUCCUUGCUGGGCAUGGAGUUGCGACGCACUACGGCAUAUCAUCCACAGUGUAACGGCCUUGUUGAGUGCUGGCGCAGCUCACUCAAGGCCUCGCUCAAGGCAGGAUUGGGGGAUGAUCCUGCUUGGAUGAACGCCCUCCCUCUGGUUCUGCUUGGCCUGCGUGCGGCUUGGCGUGAAGGCGGCGGCCUUAGCGCUGCGGAGAUGGUCUAUGGCGCUCCCCUUUGUCUCCCUGGCGAAUGCCUGGCCCCGUCGCCGCGGGAGGUGCUCUCAGCAUCUGAGUUGCCCCUUAUCUCCAACCUCCGGGACAAACUCCAUUUCGUCGUGCCACCCCCUGUUUUGUUCCAUGGAGAGCCUCCAGUCCACGUGCCCACCGAUCUCGCCGCGGCCGAGUACGUUUACGUUCGGCACGACGCCCAUCGUGGCCCCCUCCAACGUCCAUAUGAUGGCCCGUUCCGGGUGCUUGAGCGCCACCCCAAGCAUUUUGUCUUGGACUUGGGUGGCCGCCCCAGUACGGUCACAGUGGAUCGGCUCAAAGUUGCCUAUGGCGUGUCUCCAGCCGACGUGGCGCUGCCACGCCCCCGUGGGCGCCCUCGUCUCCCUCGCCCCCGUGAUUGCGCGGUGGGGGACACUCGUGGAGAAGCUCAAGGGGUUCCUGUUCGUCAGAAGCCUCAAGAUCAACCUCAAAUUCACGCUCCAGAUAUUUUCCCACCUCUGGGCGCUCCCGCCCCAGUCGUGCCCCGCUCGGGCCGCAAUGUGCGAAGACCAGCUCGUUUUAAUCAUUUUGUAACUUACGGCAUCGUUCCCUCCUCAGUGUACGACUGA